AUGGCUGGCGACCGCCCCAAGAGGGCAAGGGCCGGAGCGUGCCAGAAUUGUCGGGUUCGUAAGAAACGCUGCGUGCCAGGCGACCGCUUGGAUCAGUGUCAGCUGUGCGAAUCGCUCUCAAUUCCGUGUAGUCUGAGCCUGAGCCCCGGGCAGCAUGUGCCAUCUAAUCUCCCGACAAGAAGCCUGCAAGUCAGGGAAGAAGAUGCACCCACGCCCAAACCCCUGCCCGCCAGGCCGGAUUUGGUGUUGUUUCGUGAAAAGCAGCCCAGGGAGGCUCAGAGAGAGCCUCCUCGGGUGGAAAUUGUCUUGACUAAUGAAUUGGCGCUGGAAUUGGUGUCGAUUUAUUUCCGCUAUAUUCACAAUGUCGCGCAUACCUUGUUUCAUGAAGCCAGCUUUAUGAUGCGGCUGAAACAAGGGAGAGCGUUUAUGGUGCAUGUUUACGCAAUGUGUGCUCUCGCUGCUCGAUUUUCGCAUCAUCGCGCGUUUGAUGAGAUUGCUCCUCAUGCGCGUGGAAAGAGCUUUGCUGCGACGGCUGUGACUCUGCUUCAGCAGCAAAGUAUGUACGCGAGCUUGCAGACGGUUCAAGCUUGCGUUCUUCUUGCCACCUUGAUCGGUGGUGAUGGAGAAAGCCAGACCAAGCAGGUUUACGACAGACUUGCCAGGCAACAUGCCGAAAUUUUGUCCCUGUGGGUGAUGCCGGACGGGAUUGGUGUCAUUGAUAGAGAAGAACGUCGACGCACAUGGCUUUCUGUCUGCAUUGCCGACCAAUGGUCUUCUGCUAACCUGUCCGUGGAGCCCGUUCCACCACCUGCCCAGGAAGUACUUCCAGCAGUAGACGAUGUGGAAUUUCACACAUAUGAUCCGGAGCUGCUUCGGGAAGAUUAUGCUUCAUCUAGAUGCAAUAUGUGGUCUCAUAUGACACGGGCACUCGAAAUCUACACUGGAAUUCGUGGGCUUUUGAGACGACUUAGCCGGGGUAUGAUCUCCUUUGAUACGUACCGCGUGGAGGUUUCGUCGUGGCGACAGCAUUUGGAUCGAUGGACCGAGCGAUUACCAGAGGGAAUGGUCUACAGCACGGCCAAUAUCAAAUCGUUUGCCACCCAAGGUCUUGGGCGAACCUUUUUAUCCAUGCACAUCGGAUACCAUCACUUCCAACAAAUGCUCUACUUUCCCUUUCUGGAUGCCCGAGCAGGAAAUAAAGCAGCGCAGCAGGGGUACAAUGCUGCUCAGUGCAGGAGCAGUGCGAACAUAGUCUCCGAGAUCAUCCAGUGUUCUACAGGGACCAAGGACUGCGAGCUCAACCACUUUCUUUAUGGUCAUAUUGUUAUGAUCAGUUCCUGCGUUCACCUUUAUACCCUAUGCUUUGGUGAAGAAUCUGCGGAACAGUCAAUGGCACGGAGACGGUUGCUCUCGAACUUUGAGUACCUAAUGCGACUCAAACUACACUGGCCGAUCGUGGAACAUUUUGUGAAACGCCUUCGGAUUUUCCAAACCCUCUGCCAAAGCUCCAUGUCAGACCCAUUUGCGACAGAAAACUGGAUGGCCCGGUUCCUGACGGAAGAAGCAUCGAAACUUUCCGAGCGACAAAGCCUGUUCCAUGAUGUGGAUUCAGACGAUGAAGCCUGUAUCGCCGGACCGACCGAGAAGAUUGAAACCAACGGGUCAUUCCGGUCGAGACUUUCCGAGUCGACGUAUCCCAAAUCACCGGGGACGGAGUGGAGCACACUGUCUAGUCUCCUGAACGACCAAAACAUGACCAGCGAGGCAUUUGUCAACAAUGCUUUGGGGUGGUUAUUGGAGUAG